AUGAUGAUUCCAUCCACGGCGACCACGACGACGACGCGGAUCUAUGGAACACAAGUGACAGAGGAAGAGGAUAAUAAUGGCGGUCCAUUGAGCAGUCUAUCUUCCGAUAAGUUGCUUGGAAUUUUGGUACUGCUGACUGUACCUAUUGCUUGGGGAACCUACACUCCAGUGGUGAAAUAUUUGUAUGCGGUCAAACCGGCAGUGCCUGGCUUUGUCUUUUCGGCUUGCUACUAUGCAUUGGCGGCAGCGACCAUGUCUACCUUGGUAGCUAUCAAUAGUAGUGGUGAUAGUAGCAGUGAUGGGGAAGAGGCAAGGACAACAAUCGAAAAUGGGAAAAUCAAAAGCAAUGGUGGUAGCAUUCCCAUCCAAGGGGGCUUGGAACUGGGAUCCUACCUAUUCAUUGCGAAUUGUUUGCAAGUGAUUGGCUUGCAAACGGUCCCGUCGGAUCGAGCAGGAUUCUUGGUACAAUUUACUACCGUCAUGGUGCCCUUUGUCGAGGCCUUGUUUGCUGGAAACUUGCUCCAGGUGCCGAUUCGUACGUGGCUUGCUUGCGUUUUUGCCUUUUUGGGUUUGUUCGUUAUGGGGUUGGAUGGCAGGGCCGAACUUGCAAGUGAUCCAGUUUCGGCUCUUCUUGCAGCUGUUUCUUCCUUUAGUCAGGGAGACUAUCUCAUACUGGGUGCUGCAGUUUUGUACACUCUUCAUGUGGUUCGACUGGGAUCCUACGCCAGAGAGACGACGCCUUUGCGACUUGCUGCCACAAAGGCUUCUGUCGAGACCGUGUUCAGCCUGCUACUGCUUUCCUUCCUUGGAAGUUUAGCUCCGCUUGCUGGUCAAUCUACUGGUCUGUUGGGGUUUGCUGCGGAUUCUGGCAAGGAAAUCAUUUCAUUCUAUUCUUCGUUUGGGGAAGGAAUUUCUUCCGGCAGCAUCCCAAUGUCGGCCUUAUUCCCUGCAAUUGGCGCUGUAUUAUGGACUGGUUGGGUGACCUGCGCCUACACUAUCUAUGCGCAAAGUUUUGGACAAGCAAAAGUUAGCCCAACAAACGCCAACUUGAUAUAUACAUUCCAGCCCAUAUUUACAGCCCUGAUUGCAUUUUUGCUGUUGGGAGAAACCAUGGGACCUGCUGGUGUUGUGGGUGGCAGCAUCAUUGCUGGCUCUGUGUUUGUGGUGGCCACAGCAUCCUUUUCUGAGGAAAGCACAUCGGAUUCUAUAGUAGAAAUCCAAUCGUUGGAAUCUGAUAGAAGUAUUCUUGAUGUUGACGGAGUGACAGUAGAAGAUACGGAAGAGGAGGAACCCAUGUCUGAAGUUGUGAAUAGAAGAUAA